AUGGCGUCCGACUCGCAGAGCCCCGAGGCUCGCGAGCUGACCUUGAUAGGCAAGGUGGAAUUUAGAAUUGCCAUGGCUGACUCCGAUGAGAAGCUCCAAUCACUUCUUGGGACAUAUCUGACCCCUCUCCUUUUGAAGCUGAGCUCUGAGAGCGUCGCCGUGCGCAAUAAGGUCAUAUCCGUUUGCCAACAUGUCAACACUCGGGUCAAAGCUCCCUCAAUCCAGCUACCCGUCGCCGCAUUGCUGAAGCAAUUCAAAGAGCAAAAAUCUCAACUUGUCAGACACUUUGACCUCAUCUACGCUCAGCAAGGAAUCGAUCGUCUCGGCUCCGAUGCUCGCGUGGAAAUCCUCCUGCCCCUGCUUCAGGGUAUCUCGGAGAUCGGAACCUCCGCUAGUCAGGGUGCUAUCGUUUUCAACUUGGUUCUGCGUCUAUUGCCACUGUUCAAAUUACCCGUCAAAGGCAGCGACGAAGAUCUGAAAUUGAAAGAACGUCUGAAAAUGUCGGAUGAAGACGCUCGCUUUUUGUCCCUUUGGCUGAGCAAGCUCCUGCUAUUAUAUCUCCUGGCCCCGCGGAAGCUUCUAGCUGCGCCGGUUUAUCACCAGACGAGUAUAAAUGAAAAACCCGCCGAAACAUGGAAUCCAGCUUCGCCAGGAGGAUUGAAUUUGACCGAAACCAAAGUUAUUGCUCUUCGAUUCCUUGGCAGUGGUGCCUUCCCCGAUACUCAAAAAUUCCUGCCUUCAUUGAUAGCCUCUGCCGAUGCUAACUCCCGUCUGGCCGAUCUGGGCGAUGAAACCCUCAAGCGAUUUGCCGUGGACCUUGAAGACUCGCAGACAGUCGAACAGUUAUAUGAUCUUUACUUUGGUGCAAAUGGUGCUCCUUCCGUUCGUCCUCUAGUUCAGGUGAAGAUUCUGGUUUUUCUAGGAAAAUCCAUCAAAGCUACAGGAAAUACCGAUCGGAUAUUUAAGCUCAUAGAGGAGGGCCUUCUAUCAGAUGCAGCAAGAUCCGCACAAGGGUUGCAGGCUGCGAAAUUAAGAACCCAAAUAUUCACAUUUACGACAUGGGUUGUCCGAAUGGGCUCCCCAUCGGACCUAAAGCAGAUAGCCCCGAAGUUGAUCGCUGGAUUACGGGACUUUAUUCAGUCCCAGGGAUGGCCUAGCCCCGGUGCCAGCGGACAGAGAUUGCCUGCAACUGACCUCAGUCUCCGAGGCCUGGCAUAUGAAAGCAUCGGUAUAUUGGUGCCCAAGGUUGACUUUCGACUGCGAGAUGAAGAAGUGGAGAAUUUUGAAUUUGAUCUAGUUCGUUGGCUGUUCAUCUCCUUGAGUGCAGACGAUUCUAGCCCCCAGAUUUUCGUUAGUAUCGAUCAAGCACUGGGAAGUAUCCUCAAUUCAUCAUUAGACAGCCACGACAAAGAGUUCCAAAGUCAACUACGCCCAUUUCUUGUUCGCCAAAUGGCUUUGCAGGCUGGAGAGACCGACCCAGAGACCGGAUUCACCGUUGCUAGGGGUGUCCAGUAUGCUGCUGUGCGAUUUGCAAACCGAUUCCUGCCGUAUAACGAUAUCGUGGCCCGCUGGAUCGAUCUCAUGGCUAUUGCAAGAGGACCCGGAAGGCAACAGGAAAUCGUGGAGGAAGGCAAAAAGGGUCUCCAUCCCUACUGGUUCCGACUUCUAAACCCGGCCAAAGAUCAGAAAUGGGCAACCGCUUCAGAGGCAGAGAAAAAGCGAGACGAAAGCUGGUUCGAAUUCCCCCAAUUCGCUGAGGCAACUCGCUUUCUGCUUGGCCCAGAGGAUGAGGACUCUACAAUGGACGACUCCUUGCCUAAGUCGCGACUCUUGUCGGGCUCUUACAAGGAUUCUUUUGCGCCUGCUGUCGCUUUCCUCCGGAAUACACUGCUCUGGGAGGCAUUCUCGGCAGCGGGUAUUGUCACUGAUAUGGAGCAAGACUGGGACUUCAAACUCGAAGUGCACCUUUCAACGAGUGCGGAGGCGCGCGCUGCCGUGAGACAAUAUAUUCGGAGCUCAGCAAAGGAGUCCGUCUUUGCUUAUCUUUCAGGAUUGCUAGACGGUCUAGAAACAGAAAAUCUCCCCGGCCUUCGUCAAUGUGGCGUCCAUUUCGUGGAGAUUUGCUCUCUAUCGCCUGAUGAUGUUGUCGAGGGUCUUACCUCGCGCGCACAAGCUCUCAACAAGCCUAUCCUGAGCAACAAUGAAGAAAUCCAAGCUCUUGCCGCAAGAGCUUUUGGUAUCUUGGUGUCUCAUCCUGCCACUUCUGACGAUGCCUUGAACAAAUUCGUCGCCGAGUUGGCGGGUACCCUCCAAACAUGGAAUACCGCGAUCGGAGAGGCUGCCCUUCGGGUUCGCGGGUCAAUUCUUGCACUUUCGUACCUCUUCAGUAGGCUGGCGUACCGCAAUCGGCUGGAUAGAGUCCCCGAAGCACAGAUCCAGCAAUACAUUGAGACAGUACUGGAUAUCGUUGAUGCUUCUCGUGACCAACUCCUCCAAAGGACCGCGGAAAUUGCGAUCGGGCAACUUAGUCUCUCUGGCACUCUCUCGCUGAAGACCCUGCCGGAAGAUGGCUGGAAGAAGGUUCAGCAGAAGCUGGCUGGCGAUGCCAAAAAGUCUGAACAUGAGACACCUAUCUUGUCUUUGGGUCUCUUGACAGUUACAUUCUCUCGCGAUGAGUCGACUGCAUCCACAUUCAGUGAAUUCUUAAACUCACUCUAUAGUCUACACGAAGUCCGCAGCCCAGAGGUCCAGUUUACCAUCGGUGAGGCAUUGAGUAACGUUGCCGUGGGAUGGGACUCUCGAGCCCUUAUUCAAGACUUCGAUGUCGAUGCGCAAUUCCCUUCGUCGGGUGUCCCGCGAAAAGUUUUUGUUGAGGUGUAUGACAAGAUCAUCGCCGAUUGUAUUGCACCAAAACCUUCUCUGCGCAAGGCCUCUGCUAUUUGGCUACUCUCGCUCGUGAAGAACUGCGGCCACCUUCCCGAGAUGCAGGAACGACUACGCAAGUGCCAGGCUACGUUCUCCAGUCUACUUGGCAAUCGGGAUGAGGUGGUGCAGGAGACGGGAGCGCACGGCCUCAGCCUCGUUUACGAAAUCGGUGACCAGGAAUUGAAAGACUACUUGGUCCGAGAUCUGGUAGAUUCCUUCACAAAUACAGGUGCAAACCUCGGAGGUGGAAAUGUCAGCGGAGAUACUCAACUCUUCGAGCCUGGCGCGCUUCCAACAGGUGACAACACCUCCGUCAACACAUACAAAGACAUCAUGAACCUGGCCGCCGAAGCAGGCGAUCCCACCUUAGUCUAUCGAUUCAUGUCUAUGGCGUCCAACAAUGCCCUUUGGAGCAACCGCGCCGCCUUUGGGAGAUUCGGCAUCAGCAGUAUCCUCUCCAAUUCCAGCGUCGAUGGCUAUCUAGCUCAGAACCCAAAGAUUUACCCCAAGCUCUUCCGCUACCGAUUUGAUCCGAAUCCGAAUGUGCAGCGCUCGAUGAAUACCAUCUGGCAAGCUCUCGUGAAGGAUCCCACUGUGGUGGUCGAUGCCCAUUUCGAGCCGAUCAUGGAAGAUCUCCUGAAAAGCAUGCUUUCGGGCCGUGAGUGGCGUGCGCGGCAGGCAAGCUGUGCCGCCGUGGCGGAUUUAGUCUCGGGACGACGCCCGGAGAAGUAUGCGCAGUACCUGGAUGAGAUUUUCGAGAAAGCGUUCAAGCUGCUUGAUGAUAUUAAGGAUUCCGUUCGGACUGCGGCGCUGAAGCUCUGCCAGACGCUCACCAAUUCUGUCAUCCGCACUCUCGAGACUAAUGGGUCGGAGAAGAGAGCUGGGAUCCUACUUGGGAGUGCCGUGCCGUUCCUCCUCAGUGACAAGGGGCUUGACUCAAGCGUUGAAGAAGUGCGGGGAUACGCCAUUGGCGCUCUAGUGCAGAUCAUCAAGAAGAGCUCCGGGACAACCCUGCAGCCCUUUGUGCCCACUAUCCUGGAGAAAUUCUUGACCUCGCUGAGCUCGCUCGAGCCCCAGGCUGUCAACUACGUUCAUCUCAAUGCUGACAAGUACGGGCUGACGGGUCAGGAUAUUGACAAGAUGCGCUUGUCUAGUAUCCGCACUUCGCCUAUGAUGGAGGUCAUCGAGCGUUAUCUCAUCGAUCACCUGGACGAGACGAACAUAAAGGAACUUACGCCCAAACUGGAAGACGUGCUCCGCUCCGCGGUGGGUCUGCCAUCCAAAGUGGGCUGCAGUCGCGUACUGGUGCUGCUAAGCAUGAAGACGCUUCUGUUCCGUCCAUACGCAGACCGAUUCAUUCAGCUACUGAGCAAGUACGUUGUGGAUCGCAAUGAAACGGUCAGCGCAUCCUAUUGCACAUCGAUGGGCUACCUACUCCGUUUGGCAUCGGACGAUCGGGUUUUGAAAACGAUCGAGUAUGCGCAAACCUUGUAUCUAAACUCCGACGACGCCACCACGCGCUCCAUCUCCGCCGAAAUUCUACAAGCGAGUUCCAAACUCUCCAAUGACCGGUUCAUGGCGUUUGCGACCAGCGCCCUGCCCUUUGUCUUUGUCUGCAAGCAUGACGGCGACGAGCACGUCCGCGACGCGUUCGAAAAGACCUGGCAGGAUAAUGUGGGGGGUAGCCGGGCGGUAGCUCUGUACAUUCGGGAGAUCGUCAGCCUUGUAUCCGACAAUUUGGAUUCGGCACGGUGGGCCAUCAAGCACACUGCGGCACGUGCGAUCGCGCAGGCGGUGCUGGCAUUAGAUGCGGAAAUCGACCUUCCUACUGCGCUAUUGGUGUGGCCUGUGCUGGAAAAAGCAUUGGCCGGUAAGACGUGGGAUGGGAAAGAAGUCCUGCUGACGGCGCUAGUCAAGUUUGCGCGAGCUGCCCAAGCACUUUGGACGGCGCGCCCGGAGCUAGGGGCCUUACUGAAGACUAUUACCGUUCGCGAAGCGAAGCGAACUAAUGCCGCCUACCGACCACAUGGUCUGAUGGCACUUGGAGAAAUCGCCCAAAUCCGACCCGACGAUUUCCUCCGGGAUGCACUGAAAUUUGUUCCAGGAGUCAUUGAGGAGGAAGUUGAGGAGGACAAGGACAAAGAUGCAGACAAGAUGGAGAUUGAUAACAAAGGAGGUAAAAAACGAGAUGCAGUCGACACAUUGGCAGCAUGUGUACAAUGUCUAGUACAAUGUCUUAAUCCCGAAACGGCCAGAUCGGGUCAAGUGCUGGGAGAUGAUGUGCGACAGGUGACGGGUCCGUUGGACGAGGCCCUGAGCCACGGUGGACGACAGGUGGUCAGCACGGCCUUCCGGGAGUUCCAAGCGUUUUUUGGACGAGUGGAUCGUUGGUCCGGACCCGGUGAAGAGGAUAUGGUGGAGCCGAUGUGUGGGCUCGCUAGAUUGCUCAUGCGUGACGGGGAUGCAGUUGAGAGUGUCCGUAAGGGUCGGGCGGAGGCUGUGUUGGCGUUCCUGAGGCUGCGGAAGGGUGUUCGAGGGGUGCCCGAUGGGUUGGGUGAGGCGUUGCGAGGGUGGAGGGCUGGAGAGCGGGCGGGGGGGAGUUCAGGGUGUGCUGGAUGA